CCACAAUUCUCCGUCACCUUUGAUACCGGAAGUGAUUUCUUUCGCUGUCGUUUCUGUUGUGUGGCCGUUGUGUUGGCGCAGCCGAGAGUGUGUUUGAUUCAGACAGAGAAGCGCGUGUGGAGUCGCAGUCAUGCCGCCUGGGCCUGUGCAGAUCGUGCAGCCGGAGCCAAACAACAAGCAGCCCGAUGAGCAGAAAGAAGAGACUCCAGCCACAAAGCCCAUCGUGGGAAUCAUCUACCCACCUCCUGAAGUCCGAAACAUUGUUGACAAGACAGCUAGCUUUGUGGCCAGAAAUGGACCAGAGUUUGAAGCCAGAAUUCGACAGAAUGAGAUCAACAACCCGAAAUUCAACUUCCUCAACCCUACCGACCCUUAUCAUGCCUACUACCGCCACAAGGUCAAUGAAUUCAAGGAGGGUAAAGCUCAGGAACCGUCCGCGGCGGUCCCUAAAGUCAUGCAACAACAAGCAUCAUCACAACAGCUUCCUCAGAAGGUUCAAGCGCAGGUGAUUCAUGAAAGCAUGGUACCCAAGGAGCCUCCACCUGAGUAUGAGUUCAUGGCCGACCCUCCCUCCAUCUCCGCCUUUGAUCUGGAUGUUGUGAAGCUGACUGCACAGUUUGUCGCCCGAAAUGGUCGUCAGUUUCUGACGCAGCUGAUGCAAAAGGAGCAGAGGAACUACCAGUUUGACUUCCUGCGACCUCAGCACAGCUUGUUCAACUACUUUACCAAACUGGUAGAGCAGUAUACAAAGGUUCUGAUCCCCCCAAAAGGUCUUCUGAUAAAAUUGAAGAAGGAAGCAGAGAAUCCUCCUGACGUCCUGGACCAGGUUAGGCAUCGUGUGGAGUGGGCCAAAUUUCAGGAAAGAGAGCGAAAGAAGGAAGAGGAGGAGCGAGAGAAGGAGCGAGUGGCUUAUGCUCAGAUAGACUGGCAUGAUUUUGUGGUAGUGGAGACUGUGGACUUUCAGCCUCAUGAACAGGGUAAUUUCCCUCCUCCUACGACCCCUGAGGAACUGGGUGCUCGUAUCUUGAUCCAGGAGCGCUAUGAGAAGUUCGGAGAGAGCGAGGAGGUUGAGAUGGAGGUGGAAAGUGAAGAUGAAGAGGAUGAGAGGGAGACCAGACAAGAUGGACAUACCUCUCAGAUGGACCAAGACACACAACUGCAGGACAUGGACGAGGGCUCUGAUGAAGAUGAAGAUGGUAUGAAGGCUCCUCUGCCUCCUGAUAACCCUCUGCCGCCUCCUCUGCCCCCCACCCCAGACCAUGUUAUUAUUCGCAGAGAUUACGACCCCAAGGCCUCUAAGCCUCAAGCUCCUGUCACCACCUCUGAUGAAUACCUCAUCUCGCCAAUUACCGGUGAGAGGAUCCCAGCCAGUAAGAUGCAGGAGCACAUGCGCAUCGGACUGCUGGACCCGCGCUGGCUGGAGCAGCGUGACCGAAGCAUCCGCGAGCGUCAGAUCGAGGAGGAGGUGUACGCUCCCGGCCUGGACAUUGAAAGCAGCCUGAAACAGCUGGCCGAGAGACGUACCGAUAUCUUCGGUGUGGAAGAAACGGCCAUUGGUAAGAAGAUCGGAGAGGAGGAGAUACAGAAACCAGAGGAGAAGGUCACAUGGGAUGGCCACUCAGGCAGUAUGGCUCGUACCCAACAAGCAGCUCAGGCUAACAUCACCCUGCAGGAGCAGAUUGAGGCCAUCCACAAAGCUAAAGGUCUGGUGCAAGAGGAUGACACCAAGGAGAAGAUCGGUCCCAGCAAGCCCAAUGAGAUGGCACAGCCACCUCUGCUCUCAGCAGCACCCAGUAUGCCCAAACCCAGCCCACCAGUCAACACCAUGCCUGGACCCACGCCUGUUAUGGCGCCCCCAGUGCGGACCACCUUGCUUCCGGCUGUUCCGGUUAUACCCCGUCCCCCAGUGGCCCCUGUGGUGCGUCUGGCCCCCGGGCAGGUUCUGGCCCCCAUGCCGCCCAUGCUGCACGCCCCCCGCAUCAAUGUUGUGCCCAUGCCACCCCCCGCACCACACAUCAUGGCACCCAGACCUCCACCUAUGGUGGUUCCUACUGCGUUUGUACCUGCUCCACCGGUUCCUCAACCUCCCAGUGGUGUUUCCGCCCCACAUCCUCCUUCUCACCCUCCACCUCCUCACGAUGAUGAACCCUCCAGCAAGAAGAUGAAGACCGAGGACAACCUGAUUCCAGAGGAAGAGUUCUUGCGUAGGAACAAGGGACCUGUUGCAGUUAAGGUGCAGGUACCCAACAUGCAAGACAAGACCGAAUGGAAGCUCAGUGGUCAAGUGCUCAACUUUAACCUGCCUCUCACAGACCAGGUGUCUGUCAUCAAGGUUAAAAUUCAUGAGGCCACUGGUAUGCCUGCUGGAAAACAGAAACUGCAGUAUGAGGGUAUUUUCAUCAAAGAUUCCAACUCUCUGGCUUAUUACAACAUGAACAAUGGAUCCGUCAUUCAUCUUGCCCUUAAAGAGAGAGGAGGAAGAAAGAAGUAGUUUGUUUUUGGUGUUCACUACACUUCGUAGUUCCAGUUUAACAGUUAAACAUUGCUUGUAAUCCUGCUUAUAUACAGUACAUCACAGAUCCUGUGUUGUGCUUUUAAGCAGAGCUCUAAUACAAAGUAAUUAUUUCUUGUCUCAAUGUGUUUAAAAGAUUCAGUAUGUGAAAGAUUUGAUGUCACAAAACAUCUUUUUCAUAGAUUUUCAGCACACUGUCAGAUUUCCCCUUAAGUUUUCAAUUGCUCUUUUAUUGAAGUGAUUGUAUAAAAUGUCAUUGCAAAAAUGUAAAAUUCAACUUGGAAACAUCACAUUUUGUGGGAUGCAUAAGUACUUUAAGGACUUUUGGGUAAAUGUCCCCAAUAAAUUUGAAAUAUAAAAGACUGUCA